CGCAAUCUCUAGGUUCAAGACAUAGAAUCAAGAAUUUCACGCAUAGUCAAAGCCGCCUCUGAUCUUUUACGAACCAAGAGACGACCAGCUGUUCGAAUUACUGUCUUCUCAUACUCUUCAUACUAGGAAAAAUGACAGACAAUAAUCAGCGUUAUGUCAUGGACGAAAAUGAGGGUGAGCUCGAACGGCUAGGACAACAGCACACCCUCCUCCACGAUGCUAUGGGCAAGUUAGUUUUCGCCCCAGUGGAUCUUUCGAAACCGGGGCGACAGAUUCUUGAUUCCGGGACUGCUGAUGGGCUGUGGCUACGUGAGCUACGAGAUACUACUAACGCAUCUCACACAUAUAUCGGAGUAGAUAUUAACCCUGCAUUCUUCCCCAAGGAUCUACCCUCCGAGAUAGAACUCCAUGUGCAAUCCAUUACCAAUGAUUGGCCGGACCACUGGCGGUCUAGAUUUGAUCUUGUCCACCAACGGCUGACUCUUGUCGGGGCGGGCUCUUCAUCGGUACAAUCCUGUGUCUCGAAGCUCGCAGACUUGGCCAGUCCUGGUGGAUAUGUCGAGCUCGUCGAAGCCGACUUCGCAGGCGAGAGCUCCAAUGGUCCUGCGAUGGAAAAGUUUCAAGCCCUGAUGGGACAAUUCUUCGACGUCAUCGGUGUCGGCUCUCUCCUUGGACGAUCCCUAGAAGCGUAUCUGGAGGGGGCUGGUUUAGUAAAUGGCCAGCAGGGGGUGUUCAUCAUUCCAUACGGUGCAGCGAAUUCGAAUGCAACACUAUGCGAAUCAAGUAUUUCUCAGCUGGUAGUAGCUCUGAAUGGCAUUUGGCCGCUAGUCAAUGGCCGAAGCGCUUCGGACUCCAGUGCUGAGCAUCUUGAAAGUUUUAGGAAUGAAUUGGUAUCGGAACUUAGAGCUCGGGGCGCGAAUGUCAGGAUGGUAGUCGCGUGGGCAAAGAAACCCUGACAGGUCACAAUUUAUACAAUACGUUAGAAUUAGCACAGGCAGCAUCUACUGAUUCACUUAACAUGCCUACACGAAGUUAUAGCUCCCAUCCCAGA